AUAUAAGGCAUCUGAAACAUCACUGAGAGCAGACAUCUUCUUUGUUAGGGAUGAUGUCGUACCUGAAAGUAAUGAUCAUAUGGAACAUAGUUUGUGUAUCCCUGGUGAUCCUUUCACUGUCUUUGAUUCAAGAAGUGUCUUCUGAAGCAGUCUCCUGCAGAGGACGUUGCUUUGAAGCCUUUGAAAGAGGAAGAGAGUGCGACUGUGAUGCAGACUGUGAAAGAUACGGCAAAUGUUGCCCAGACUACACGAAACACUGUAAAGAGGCACACAGAGAAACGCCAUCACCUAAGACUCCUCCAGCAAACAAGUCAACAUCUAAAAGGUCAUCCAAAAAUGAGGAGAAGAAGCCAGAGGAAGUAACACAGCCCCAUGAAGUUAUGGAAGAUACUGGCAGUGGACUGGAAAACAAAGUGACCAGUCCUGCUCCAACCACAAAACACCCUGAUACAACCACACCUAUCAAAGCAACUACAUCUACUCCAAAACCCAGUUUACCACCUACUACAAGUACUACCACAAAAGCAACAACUACCAAAGAGACCACCACGGCUCAGAAAGAUACCCCUGCGACAACAGUGGCACAAACGACCAAGGCAGACUAUCCUACUACCCCCAAAGCUGAAGACACAACCCCUGCAGCCACAGAAGCACCAACAACCAAGGCAGACCCUCCAACCACCCCUAAAGUAGAAGAUAUGACCCCUGAGGCCACAGAGGAACCAAUAACCGAGGCAGAUUCUUCCACCACCCCCACACCUGAAGAGUCAACCCCUGAAGCCACAGAGGCACCAACAACCAAGGCAGACUCUCCCACCACCCCCAAAGCUGAAGACACAACCCCUGCAGCCACAGAAGCACCAACAACCAAGGCAGACUCUCCCACCACCCCCAAAGCUGAAGACACAACCCCUGCAGCCACAGAAGCACCAACAACCAAGGCAGACUCUCCUACCACCCCCAAAGCUGAUGAGCCGACCCCUGAAGUCACAGAGGAAGCAAUGACUGAGGCAGACUCUCACACCAGCCCCCCAGAAGAUGAAGAGAAAACUGCUGUGCCCACAGAGGCACCAACGCCCAAGCCAGACUCCCCCCCCCCCCCCAAAGCAGAAGAGACAACCCCUGCAGCCACAGAGGCACCAAUGACCAAAGCAGACUCUCCUACCACCCCCAAAGCUGAUGAGCCGACCCCUGAAGUCACAGAGGAAGCAAUGCCCGCCACCCCGAAACCUGAAGACACAACCCCAGAGGCCACAGAGGCACCAAUGACCAGGGCAGAUUCUCCUACCACCCCCAAAGCUGAAGACACAACCCCUGAGGCCACAGAGGCACCAACGCCCAAGGCAGACUCCCCCACCACCCCCAAAGCUGAAGAGACAGCCCCAGAGGCCACAGAGGCACCAACGCCCAAGGCAGACUCCCCCACCACCCCCAAACCUGAAGACACAACCCCUGAGGCACCAACAACCAAGGUAGACUCUCCCACCACCCCCAAACCUGAAGACACAACCCCUGAGGCACCAACAACCAAGGCAGACUCUCCCACCACCCCCAAACCUGAAGACACAACCCCUGAGGCACCAACGACCAAGGCAGACUCUCCCACCUCCCCCAAACCUGAAGAGACAACCCCUGAGGCACCAACAACCAAGGUAGACUCUCCCACCACCCCCAAACCUGAAGACACAACCCCUGAGGCCACAGAGGCACCAACGCCCAAGGCAGACUCCCCCACCACCCCCAAACCUGAAGACACAACCCCAGAGGCAACAGAGGCACCAAUGACCAGGGCAGAUUCUCCUACCACCCCCAAAGCUGAAGACACAACCCCUGAGGCCACAGAGGCACCAACGCCCAAGGCAGACUCCCCCACCACCCCCAAACCUGAAGACACAACCCCUGAGGCACCAACAACCAAGGUAGACUCUCCCACCACCCCCAAACCUGAAGAGACAACCCCUGAGGCACCAACAACCAAGGCAGACUCUCCCACCCCCCCCAAAGCUGAAGACACAACCCCUGAGGCCACAGAGGCACCAAUGACCAGGGCAGAUUCUCCUACCACCCCCAAAGCUGAAGAGACAGCCCCAGAGGCCACAGAGGCACCAAUGACCAGGGCAGAUUCUCCUACCACCCCCAAAGCUGAAGAGACAGCCCCAGAGGCCACAGAGGCACCAACGCCCAAGGCAGACUCUCCCACCCCCCCCAAAGCUGAAGAGACAGCCCCAGAGGCCACAGAGGCACCAACGCCCAAGGCAGACUCCCCCACCACCCCCAAACCUGAAGAGACAACCCCAGAGGCACCAACGACCAAGGCAGACUCUCCCACCCCCCCCAAAGCUGAAGACACAACCCCUGAGGCCACAGAGGCACCAAUGACCAGGGCAGAUUCUCCUACCACCCCCAAAGCUGAAGACACAACCCCUGAGGCCACAGAGGCACCAACGCCCAAGGCAGACUCUCCCACUACCCCCAAGGCUGAAGAGACAACCCCUGAGGCACCAACAACCAAGGCAGACUCUCCCACCCCCCCCAAAGCUGAAGAGACAACCCCAGAGGCACCAACGACCAAGGCAUACUCUCCCACUACCCCCAAGGCUGAAGAGACAACCCCUGAGGCACCAACAACCAAGGUAGACUCUCCCACCACCCCUAAAGUGGAGGAGGCAGACUCUCCCACCACCCCUAAGGUCAAAGGGACUACCCCUGUAGCCACUAAGGCUGACACCACUGCCAUACAGAAAACAACACCUAUUGAACUGACAACUACUGUCCCUGCAUUAGUAACAACUGCUAAAAAAGACACAACCACUCAAAGCAGUGAGGCGGUCACAAUAACCAGGAAAGAAACACCCAUACCUGAAGCAGACACAACAGUUUCAGAAACAACAGCAGAGAAGAAAAUUACAACUCCUGCACCCAAAGUAUCAACCAGCACAACUGCAAAAGACACGACUACAGCAGUACAAAGGACAGCGAUAACUGCAGCUAGGGCUACUGAGAUUGUAACAGUAACUGACAAAAAAGACAAAACAACAGCUGAAACUGUUACUACUCCUGUAACUGAAGAGCUGACAACUACAAUAGAAACAACCACAGUGAACAAAGAGAUAACAACACCCAAGAAAGACAAAACUACUAUGCUUAAAGAUGUUUUAACAAGUAGGAAAGACACAAUUACUGUAACUAUGGUGGUAACAGCUAAACCUGAUGACUUUCCUAAAGGUAAGGACGAUAUUCCAAACACAACUCCUACAGCCAAGCAAGCUGUCACUACAGCAGCUGAAUCAGAAGCAAGUACUGCGGAUAAAAAGACUGCAUCAACGGCUGCAGAAAAAGAAGCAACCCCAGCUAAACAAGACAAGACUCCCAUACCAAAAGAGACUGUAACAGCUAAAAAAGAAGAAAGCCCUGGGGGAACAGCAACUGUAACAACAGCAGCUGCAACUCCCAUGCUCAAGCCCACUGUGUUAGCAACAACUGCCAAAACAGAUUCAACUCCUAAACCCAGGGAGAUUGUGACAACAACUAAAAGAGACACAACUAUGGAAACUAAGCAGACUGUAACAGCAGCAGCUAAAGAGAGCACAAGUACUACUUGUGUUGUUGUAGAGACAACUGAUAAAAAAGAGGUAAUGACCAUCAAAGAAACUAGCAUCACACCUGAAAAAGAAAUGGAAGAUGCCACUGAAAAGGCCCCUAGUAUUGACAAGGGAGAGGAAACUACAGUUACCAAAGAGACCGCUACAAGAGAUAAAAAAGACACGAUAGAAGAAAUGUUUAUUGUUUCUAAAGGGACAUCCAAGCCAACUAUACAUUUCCAGGAGGUUACUGACACAAGAGAUGAGUCUUAUCCAUCCGACCCUGAAACUCUGCCAGUAAGAGAACAGCCUGAGAUAAACAACAAGCCUUUUAUACAAACUGCGGACUUGCCAAUUUUAACUGGAGAAACAGAAGCGAAGGACGAGAAGGACCUGUGCAGCGGGAAGCCGGCGAACGGCAUGGUGGCCCUGCCGAACGGCACCCUGGCCGUCUUCCGAGGUCACUACUACUGGCUGCUGAACGGCAGGGGGCCCCCGACAACCCGCCCCCGCCGGCCGGGGCGGCGCCGGAUCAGCGACGGCUGGGGCAUCCCGUCCCCCAUCGACGCCGUCUUCUCCAGGUGCAACUGCGAUGGCAAGACCUUCUUCAUCAAGGGUCCCCUAUACUGGCGUUUCACUAACGGUGUUAUGGAUAAAGGCUAUCCCAAACCUCUUGCAAAUGGAUUUGCAGGGCUAAGUGGGAAAAUAGUAGCAACCCUCCCUGUGGCAAGAUACAACAACAGACCAGAAUCUGUUUAUUUUAUCAAAAAAGAUGGCAAUAUGCAGCAGUAUGUGUACAGACAAGAACCAGCCAAGAAGUGUCAAAGAAGAACCCAGGUUACCAUAAGAUACCCAGCUUAUGUCCCAAGACUUGUAGUAAGGAGACGCUUUCAACGUGCAGUAAGAAUGCCAACUGUUAUUCAGACUGUCAGAAUGAAUCCAUAUCCAUCUGGAGUUCUGCGUAAGGAAAUCAAAAUGACUGCCUACUGGAGAGGGCUCCCGAAAGUAAUUCAUUCAACUAUAUCACUACCCAACUACAAUAAGCCAGAUGGCUAUGAUUAUUAUGCCUUCUCUUACAAUCGGUACUACAGUUUGGAUGUUGGCAAAAGAAUAGCAAGACCUGUUACCGCUCUCACAGGAAAGACUGUAUCCAAAGACUGGUACAACUGUCCUAGCAAGUGAUGCACAGCAGAGGAUUUUUAAAA